AUGGUUUUUAUAGCUUGCGGAGGCUUCAUUUACAAUGACUCGAUUAUCGGUAUCGUGCGGUUACGGAGUUCGCCAGGGCCGAUGAGGCAAACGCUAGAAAAGUCGGGGGGUCACCUAUCGCCUUUUAUUCUCAUUGCGGACAUGUUAAAAUGGGCCUCGGCUGGUCCAAAGCUUUCAGCCAUGACUGCUAAAAUGACAAGCGCAACUCAAAUAUAUUCAAGACGAAACAGGCCUCGGCAUGAGGUCUCCGAAGAGCCUUACGAGAACGAAUACCAGCCUGAAAAUCCAGCAUUUUACGGAGCCCCCUUUGUAACCGGUAUAGAGCGUGCAAGCAGGGCAAGCACUGUAGUGUUGUUCACAUAG